AUGGAAAUUUUAUCAUUAGAUAAAAUAAAUGCAAUUAUUAAUCAUACUAUCAAUCAUUGGACUAAUACAUUUGGUAUUCAAAAUCAUAAUACAUCUGAAGCAAGAUCUGGACUUUUAAAUUAUAUUAAUAUGAUCAAUAAUUUUUAUAAAAUUGGAAAUUAUGGUGAUGGUUAUAUUGACAAUAUAAGAAAUCAAGCAUUCUCUCAAGUCCAAACUAUUUUAACAAAUGCUUAUAAUAAAGGUAUUCAUUAUUGGGCUGAAGGAAUGCUUCAUCAAGUCUCACAUCGUAUAACUUGGAUAAAUAAUAAUGAUACAUUUUUGGGUUUCGACAAUAAAAUUUUUAAUGAUUUUAAACAUAACAUAAACAUUGAAGUUAUUGCCAGUACAUUAAAUGUAUCAUCUCUUAAUAUUUAUCAUUAUAGUGAAAGAACACUUCAUGAAAUAUCAUAUUAUGUUUAUCAAAAAAUCAUAGAAAUAAACAUGUAUAAUCACCAAUAUAAAAAAUCUCAAAUGGAUGAAUAUAAUCAAUUGAAAUUACAAAUGGAAAAAAAUAUAUUAAUAAUAAAUCAAAUCUUGAAUAAUUUACAUAUAAAAUAUUCUUUUAAUGAAACACUUGAAACUAAAUUAAAAAAAUUACUUAAAUGUAGUAAUUAA